AUGGUGGCUGCCGCCACCGCGCCAGAUCCGGCCCGCACGUCGCGCCCGCCGCUCACGCCGGCGCUCGACAAGCCCAACUCCGGCGCCGCGGCGCCCCGCCGGCCCGCGCGCUCCGGCAGCAAGCCCGUCUCCUCGCGCUACCUCGCCUCCGCCGCCUCGCCGGCCUCCUCCACCUCGUCGACCUCGUCCUCGUCGUCCUCGUCCGCCUCGUCGCGCCGCUCCCUGUCGGCGCAGCGCGGCCGCUCCUCGACUCCCCCGCCGCAGCACGCCACGUCGCCCACGCCCGUGGCCGCGGCGACGGCCGCGACCGUGACGGCGACCACGAUGCGGAGCCUCUCGGUGUCGUUCCAGGGGGAGUCCUUCUUCUACCAGACGUCGCGCGCGCCGCGGGCCGCGUCGCCGUCCUCCCCUGCCGGCCGGCGGGGCCCCACGCCGGAGCGGCGGAAGAGCGUGUCCUCUGUGCCGGAGGCCGAGAACGCGCGGCCCCAGCACCGAUGGCCCGCGGCCAAGCCCAAGGCGUCGGACCCGCUCGCUCGAAGCCUCGACUGCAACCUCGACCGCAAGGACUCCAUCCUGGCUGCCGUCCAGCUCCUCCGCCGAUCCAUGGCCUUCGACUCCACCACCUCCUUCUCCCCCUCUGACCAUGCCGCCGCCGCUGGUCCUGACCUCUCCGCCUCCGACACCGACAGUGUCUCCUCCGGUAGCAACUCGGGAGCCGGCGAUCCGCCACGCCGUGGCAUCAGCGUGCCAGCGAGGUUCUGGCAGGAAACCAACAGCCGUCUACGAAGGCUUCCGGACGCAGGGCUGCCGCAACAGUCGUCUGGACGGAGAUCGUUCUCAGACAGCCAAAUGUCACCGAGGCUGCCUGGCCGGUCCCCGUCUCCAAGCCGAGGAAGCAAGGGGACGGCGAGCCCAUCAAGGGGGCGAGCUGGGGAGGCAUCACCAAAUGGGCACAUGGUUCAGACGGCAGCAAAUGCGCCAUCUAUCAUCAGCUUUGCUGCAGAGGUGAGGAGGGCAAAGAAGGGGGAGAACAGAAUUGAGGAGGCACACAGAUUGCGAAUGCUGGACAACCAGCAUUUGCAGUGGCGGUGCAUCAAUGCUCGGACAGAUGCAACCCUUCUGGUGCAGAGCUUCACUGCCGAGAAAACCCUACACAGUGCAUGGAAGGAAAUAUCAAAGUUGCGUGACAAUGUCAGUUCGAAAAGGUGCAAACUCCAGCUUCAAAAACAAAAACUGAAGCUGUUUGCUAUUCUUAGGGGAGAGAUGUCGUAUCUAGAGGAGUGGUCUCAUGUCGAGAAACACCAUUCAAGUUCUUUGUCAGCAGCAAUUGAAGCACUAAAGGCCAGUACUCUCCGUCUUCCGGUUGUUGGUGGUGCAAAGGCUGAUGCCCAAGGUGUGAAGGAGUCUGUUAACUCAGCGGUUGAUGUAAUGCAUACAAUGGCAUCGUCAAUGUGUAAUUUGUUGUCAAAGGUGCAUUCCAACAUCCUGCAAAGCUUCAAUCCACAUUUCUUUUCCUUGGUUUCGGUUGUUAUAUAA